GUAACAAUCACAUGCUAGUGUUACCGUCCCUCACGUCUGCACUAGCACCAUCGUUGACUUUACCUAUAUAUAGCCAAUUUGGUUUUCAAAACAUUAUCAUUCAACCGAGCAACGUAGAACAGUCAACAUGAAAUUCACAUCAGCUUUAGUCGUCGUUUUGGUGGCAGUAGCCCUCGCCAGGGCCGAAAGCACAGACAGCAAGACGCAUAAACCGGAGAAACGCGGUAUCGUCGCUGAACAUGGUUUUGACAGCGGGUUGGGUCAUAGUUCCAGUCUGAGCUACGGUUCCGGUCUGGGACUUGGCUCCAGCAUUGGCUUAUCGUCCGGAUUGGCUUCUGGUUACUCAGCUUACGGUGGAUCAGCUUAUGGAUCCUCAUACGCUCCGGCUUACAGCGGUGUCGCCGUGGCAGCCGCACCCGCAUACAGUGGAGUCGCAGUCGCAGCCGCACCCGCAUACAGUGGAGUCGCAGUCGCAGCCGCACCUGCAUACAGCGGAUCCGCCAUCGUCGCUGCUCCGUCCGCAUAUUCCGCUGGCCCAGCACCGACCGUCGGCCCAUUGAUCCACAUCUCCAAGGAUAUUCACAUCAUCAACCGUCAUGCCCAACCAGUUUCUGCCCCGUACCCAGUGCCAGUGCAGAGAACCGUCGCCAUCCCAGUGCCACAUCCCGUCCCUUACCCAGUAGAACGUCCAUAUCCAGUCCGAGUUGCCGCACCAUACCCAGUACCAGUCGAAAGGCCUAUUCCAUACCCAGUAGACAGACCAGUGCCACAAGCAGUGCCAGCUCCCUACCCAGUCCCAGUCGUUCAGAACGUACCUGUACCAGUUUCCCGUCCAGUACCAGUUCCAGUUGUCAGGCGCGUUCCUGUACCGGUUGCUACACCUGUCGUUGUCCAAGCACCUCAGCCAAUCGUUGUUGCUGCCCCAGCACCUGCAUACGGAGGAUACGGUCUAGGAGCUUCCGCUUACGGCGCCAGCUACGGAUCUGCUUCUCUAGGAUCUCUGUCUUCGUACGGAUCCGGUGGCUCUUCAUACGGAGCAGGUUUGUCGUCGUACGGAUCUUACGCACCUGCAGCACUGUCCGCAUCUUCAUAUGGUUCUUAUGGACCAGCACUGUCAUCUUCCUCGUAUGGGUCUUAUGGACCAGCUCAGUCUUCUUCUUCAUAUGGAUCUUACGGUUCAGAUCUAUCCUCCUCGUACGGACAAGAAAGCCACUCAAAAUACGAGAGCGGUGGAUGGACUCCAAUCGUAAAACGUAAAAUAAGUCCAAACAAUUAAGAGA